AUGUCACCACCCUCCCAGCGCACCCGCCCCCCAACCCUCCUCACCACCUCCACCUCCACAGCAACGGCAGCAUCAACAACGUCAAUGUCCACAUCGUCAUUCUCCCAGGACAUCUCCCGCGCCAUCCUUUCCGCCUCCACCCACACCCCCAAGGCCGCCGUCGCUCUCCCCGAUCGUCCGACCCGCGAGACCCCCCUCGAAUCCGACGUGGGCCAAAGGGUGAAGCCGGCCCGAGAGCUCAGCACGACAUUUGUCUGUUGGACCUCGGUCGGGGAUUCGGAUGCGCUCACGUGA